CUUUUGUUUCUCCGAAGUCGCCCAGAAAAGGUCAUUCGACGCGGGCGCGUUGCUUGCUAAUCUGUAUGACAUGAUAUGAAAGCCAUGCCUCUUCUUCUUCUUCUCCGCCCACGACACUUCCGCUCCCUGAUUUCCUUACGUGAAACCUUGAUCUAACAUUCACUUGCUUCUUUCUUUAUUCUCGAGCAAUCAACCCCCGCUAUAAGGUCCGCAGGUACGUGGAAUUUGUUCCGGUAGUGGGGUCAAUUCUGGCUGGCAUUAGUCAGUGAAUUAUCAUCACUUGUCAUUCGCAAACGAUUGCACAAACCAGCCCAGCACAUCUCUUGUUUUCCAACCGCAAUUCGUCAUGGCCGCACGGCGCACUCUUCUCCUCGCCCCACCCUCCAUAUCCGCUCACCCAGAAGUCCUCGACAAGGUCUACGAGAUCCAUGAUCGAUCCUCCGCAGAUCUGCAGAUGCUAGAUCGCCUAGCAGCCGGCCUCGUACAGUUGCCCGCUUCCACAUAUGAUGUCGUCCUUUUGCUCACCGACGCCGACGGCACAACCCGCGAAAGCCACAAACUGCUGAGUCGUGAUGUUAUGGUCAAGAUCGCAGACGCGCUCAAGCCGGGCGGAUACCUCAAAAGUCAGGAUGGCGUGUUCGGCGCUACAGGUGGAGCGGAGAAGACGGAGGCUAUCCUUGCAGGUCUCGUGGAGGGGAGUGAGGGUAUGACCAAGCCCGAGGAUACAGGGAGCGUGUCGGUACCCUUGAAGUUGAGGAAGAAGACCAAUGGAGCUGCGAACGGGACCACAAAUGGGAACGGCGCUGUGCCACUCAACCUGAAUGGCAAGCGGAAGGAGCCAGAACCUGUGAAGCCUGUUGGCGUGGGCUUUGUGGAUUUCAGCGACGACUUUGACGAUCCCAUAAUCACCGGGGAAGACGAUGACCUGAUCGACGAAGACGACCUCAUCACCGAGGAAGACAUGGCUCGCCCUGUAGUCCAACCUCUCGAGUGCCGCCCCAAGCCCGGGAAGCGUCGUCGUGCCUGCAAAGACUGCACCUGCGGAAUGAAGGAGCGGCUCGAAGCCGAAGAUGCCGCCAAACGCUCAGAAGCCGAUGCCGCCCUCAACACAAUGAAGCUGGAUGCAGACGAUCUCGACGAAGUGGACUUUACGGUCCAGGGCAAGGUUGGCAGUUGUGGAAACUGUGCGCUCGGCGAUGCGUUUAGAUGUGACGGCUGCCCCUACAUUGGACUACCUGCGUUCAAGCCAGGCGAGGAAGUCCGGUUGCUGAACAAUGAUAUUCAGUUGUAA